AUGAAUUUCAAACUGUUGCAAAAUUUAAAGAUUGUCUCGAAGAAUUGUUGGAAGUCAAAGGCAAAGCUGCAAAAGUAUGAGUUGAUUUUAGAGACACAGAGAUCUUCGUUACGUUACAACCAGAACGAGGCUAAAGUCAGAGAGGCAGCAAUUGAGGAUAUGGAAUUGGUACAUAAUAAAUGGAUGGUCAAGCACGAGAAAGACCAUAUUGCUUUUGAGAAAAAGUUCUUAGCUGAGAUAAGUUUGCGAGAGAAAAUUCAAAAGAUGUCAAACGACCUUGAACUUGAUGUAGUUGAGAUGCUUACUGAUACAAUCAGAACUUUGAUGAACAAAAACAGACAAAAUCUGAGUGAUACAGAAGUAAACAAACUUGCCACACAAGUAUACAAACAAACAUGCCGUACAUACAAGUUUAGACAUGCAUCGAACAUACCAUGUCAGAAAGAAUGGAUUGAGAAACCAGAAUAUGUAAACAACAGAAUUAACAAGACUUAAAGAGAAAGAUCAAGACAUCAAGUUUGGAAAGGGAAUGAAAGGCUUCUUUUUCCCAUUUGACAUCAUUGUGUUUUCAUUUCAAAUGGGUUUUUAUUUGCUAUUAUUUUUUCCCAUUUCAUAUGGGUUUUUAUUUGCUAUUAUUUUUUCCCAUUCAAAAUGGGUUUUUUUUUCGUGAAAAAAAUCUAGUUAAAUAUAUUUUAGAUAACUAGAAAAAAUGUGUUUGUAUUUCUUUUUCGCCUAUAGUAGUAUCUGUUUCACAACAAUUUUGAUAUUGAACUGGUUCAUCAAAAAGAUCUGUGUGCUUCGAACCAACCAGACAAAAUGACAAUGCCGAUAACAUUGACCAAUAUUACAUUAUCGACAUCAUUGUCCAAAAACCAUCAGUUAGUAAAUAUAAGAACGGAAACAAUGUUUAUUCCGCUGAUGAUUACGAUAAAAAAUCUGCAAUUUUGCCAUUAAAACAUUUAGUAAAUAAGUCCAAUGUGUGGUAUUAUUACGGUGGCACAAAGGUGACAUGUAUGCGUUUGUAUUUAUCUCGUGCGCACGAGAUGUCGUGGCCACGAGUUACUAAGUCUUGGCCAUGAGAUAGUUAAGUCAUGGGAACGAGAUACUAUGUCUUGGCCACGAGUUGCUAAGUCGUGGCCACGAGCUAAUUAAGUCGUGGCCACGAGAUACUAUAUGACGUGGCCACGAGAUACUAUGUCGCAGCCACGAGUUACUAAGUACAUGUCUAGUUAAUUAAGAAAACUCAUAUAAAUAGUGUAAUCUGAUUGGUUAUUUAUCUCGUGCGCACGACUUAACUACCUCGUGGCCACGACAUAGUAUCUCAUUCCCAUGACUCAACCAUCUCGUGGCCACGACUUAGUAACUCGUGGCCACGAUAUAGUAACUCGUGGCCACGAUAUAGUUUCUCGUUCCCACGACUUAACUAUCUUGUGUCCACGACUUAGUAACUCGUGGCCACCACAUAGUAUCUCGUGCGCACGAGAUAAAUGAAAACACACACAUGUAACCUUUGUGCCACCGUAUAUAAUUGUUGCCUUGAGUGCGUUUUGAAACAUCGCCGAAUACUUGAUAGAAAAUUUCAAAAUACGUGAUCAUAUUAACUCCCUUGAAUUAUGAGAGAUGGUUCUAAAGCUAGAUGCACGCCCCACGAUGACAUAAAACAAACACACUUCCGCAAAAUAAUCCUCAAUGAAUGAUGUAUUGGUUCAUAAGAUAAGUUUUUUUCCGAAUUUUGAACCCCUAAGUUCCCUUUUAAUACCCAACAUAGCCUUAUUUGAAUGUCUGUUAGAAUACAAAG